CAUAAGGGAAAAGGUCUAGGAGGGACAGAGAAGAGUAAAAAGCAAAAGCUAACACCAGCAGAAGAGACGCUGCGGGCAUCUGAAGCCAGGCCAGGGAAGGAGGGGGCCAGCCCCAAGCUGUGAACAGCCCCCUGGGCGAAUUCACUGGUAAGCCAGAGGCAGGAGGACAAACUGAGUUGGCCGGGCUGCUACCUCCCCAGGACAUAAAAAAAAAGUGCUCACCUGUGCCAGGCCCUGGGGUCCACACAAGACUUCGUCAGCAGCUGGGGGCUAUUGUGAGGUUGGGGCAUGCUGUCUGUUCAUCCAGCUUUCCCUCCAUUGCUGCACACUUGCCAAAGACAGGCUGGCACAGACGCCCACAAUUCCUAAGGAAAAACAGGAUUCGACCUGGAGUCAUCCAAACCACACACUGUGUUUAGGCGGGCUAUGGUUGGACCAUGUGACCUAGAAGAAUCCAAAUGGACCUAUGUCUGAGGUGGAGGAGUGACGUGUAUGUGGGUGAGGGUUUCCAGAGCCUUCUUGAAGAAGUGUGCUGGCCACUCGCAGAAGGUUCCUCCCAGAAGGCAAAGACAUUUACAACCUAAAAUAAGAGCUGAAGCCCCACCCAGUCAGGGAAAGUCCUCCCAACCAGAGGAAACCAGCGCCUGGAACCUUGCCACAUGGAUGAGGGUCUGGCCACUCUGUCCGUGAAACAGGGUGACUCAGGACAGUGGACACUCUAGCCUGGAUGGCAGGUAACACUGUGCACCCCUUACUACCCAGCCCACCAAUAGCCAAAGCUGCACCUUGAUGCCAGAAGGCAUGUCAGCUUGCUGGUGUCCAGCAUCUUCUCCACCAGGCCUUGCCCAGGAUGCCAUGAUGCUGGCUGGGAGGAGUCCUGAGCAGAGCCACCAAGUUCUGAAGGGAGAGCUUCAGCCAAUGGAGGUACAGGAAGCCAACUCUGAACUGACCCCAGAGGAGAGAAGAGUUUUGGAAAGGAAACUGAAGAAAGAACGGAAAAAGGAAGAGAAAAAGCGGUUGCGGGAGGCAGGCAUUGCUGCAGCUCAGACAGCCAAGGGCCAGACUCUGCCAGCCAAGCCCUCAGCUGCCGUUCUGGCCCUGGAGUACCUCCAAGGGUGGGCCCAAAAGCAGGAGAGCUGGAGAUUCCAGAAGACGAGGCAGACGUGGCUCCUGAUGAACAUGUAUGAUGAGGACAAGGUUCCUGAUGAGCACUUCUCUACCCUGCUGGACUACCUCGAGGGACUGAAGGGUAGUGCCCGUGAGCUGACGGUCCAGAAGGCCGAGGCCCUGAUGCAGGAGCUCGAUGAGGCUGAUACCGAGACCAGAGAUACACAGCUGGGGAAGAUGGAACGCCUCCGGCAGGUGCUACAACUACUCUCCUCUCACGGCUGUGGAAGCAAGCAGGUCACCAGCAGUUCAUCUGCCUUGAGGAUUUCCUUCCAAAGUCCUGGGAAGGGCCCCUCCCCCCACAUUCUCCUUCCUAUAAGCAGUCCUGGCGCCUUGAGAAUUGAACAUGGUCUCCCUGUAACAGCUCCGAGGUGCCACUCCUACGUACCUGGCCCCGAGGUGGCUGUGGACAGAUUCUGUUGUUCUAUCAAUGAAAACCUCAGAGACUAGCCCAUGCUGGCUUUCUCCAUCAGCUGGGAUUCCCUGGUGUGGAGAUGGUGGUCUCCUACAUAUUCAUUCUGGGGGUCACGGCAGUGCAGCCUGGAUGCAGUUCACCUGUCUGCAGGGAAACCCUGCUGGGGGCUUGCAGUGAGGACUGGACUCAUGAGCGAGCUACUAGAGGCUGCUGUUCCAUGACCCCUACGGGCUUUCAACAGCUGUGUGCUGCCCCACAGUGUCAGCAGCUAGGUCAAGUUCCUUCUCAUUGGAUUGUCUCAGCCAGCAUGUUGGAAACAGAAUGACUAAGCAUUUGUGUCUGGACCCAUGUCACCAUCAGAACACAUGCCCGACUCGAAUUGGGUGACUUUUCCUGGGGACCAGAAAGAAUUGUCCAUAGAUGUCAUGUAGGGAGGAUUUGGUGCAAGCCCAACUCAAUAAGCAGUGAGUUCACUGGGGACUGCCUAGGACCUGUGCGGUUUCCACCUUCUGCCUCCUGGGCUGUCCAGCCCACUGCUUCCGGAACUCCUCACUCACAUCCUUUGCAUCCGAGUAACUUUUACACAGCCCUGGGUAUAGAGAUAUAUAAAAGAGGUUUACACAUCAAAUAUAUACUAGAUCAAAAUAAAUUUAUUUUAAAACUAUUCUGAAUACA